CAAGGACUCAGUCUUGGAUCAGUUCUGGAGCUCCCCCAUCUCAGCUCCUUCUCUGCCUGUUCACAAAGCACACACACCUUCCUUCAUCGGAUGUGAGCACAAACCAAGCUGUUAGUUAAGGAUAACAUUAGCGGUUUUGAUGCAGUUGACCAAAGCCCUGACUGGGCAUGUGCCAGUCCCUCAGGCUUUGAUAUUUAAAGGGGCAGACCCGGGCUGCUGUAUCUUCUGGACUGAUGAUGUGACACAGUAACAAAACUCCACCGAGAAGUCCAAGACAAUUUCACUCACUUUCUAGGAAGAAAGAGCCCUGAAGUCUAUCGUGGAUGAAGGGAAGAGAAGCCAGGGGCCAGCAAAUGAAGUGGGACUGAAUGUGGAUGUUUUGAGACAAGCCAGUGUAUCUUCCCAAAGGGCCUUAGCAAUGAACUUUGCUCUCUCAACAUGAAUCCUUCUCCCAUGCUAAGGCAUCUCUCCUGCUCAGCUCAGGACACCAACUGCACCAAGAUUAUGGCCUCCAUCAGUGAAUGGAACAACACAGAAGUAGAUGCUUACCACCUGGUCGAUCUUCCUCCUAUCACUCCCACGGCAGUGGUAUUGCCACCCUACUCCCAGAAUGUCUUCCCCACAGCAGAUGUUCCGGACUAUGCUCACUAUACCAUUGGUGCUACCAUCUUGGUUGUGGGGUUCACAGGAGUGCUGGGGAACCUGCUGGUCAUCUACACCUUCUGCAGGAGCCGCAGUCUUCGCACGCCCGCUAAUAUGUUCAUCAUCAACCUCGCCAUCAGUGACUUCUUCAUGUCCUUCACCCAAGCCCCAGUGUUUUUCGCCAGCAGCUUGUACAAACGCUGGAUCUUUGGAGAGAAAGGAUGUGAAUUUUAUGCCUUCUGUGGGGCUCUCUUUGGCAUUACCUCCAUGAUAACGCUGAUGGUGAUAGCCCUGGACCGGUACUUUGUGAUCACCCGCCCUCUGGCCUCCAUUGGGAUGAUCUCCAAGAAGAAGACCGGACUCAUCCUCCUGGGAGUCUGGUUGUACUCUCUGGCCUGGAGCCUUCCGCCUUUCUUUGGAUGGAGUGCCUAUGUCCCGGAAGGGCUGCUCACGUCUUGUUCCUGGGAUUACACAACCUUCACACCAUCUGUCCGUGCUUAUACCAUCCUGCUCUUCUGCUUCGUCUUCUUCAUCCCACUGAUUGUAAUCAUCUACUGCUACAUCUUCAUCUUCAGGGCCAUUAAGGACACCAACAAGGCCGUUCAGAACAUUGGAUCUCGUGCAAGUACUCCAUCCCCGAGGCAUUUUCAAAGGAUGAAGAAUGAAUGGAAGAUGGCAAAGAUUGCCCUAGUGGUCAUCCUACUCUUUGUGUUGUCCUGGGCCCCUUAUUCAACGGUGGCCCUUGUGGCCUUUGCUGGGUAUUCCCACGUCCUGACUCCCUAUAUGAACUCGGUGCCGGCCAUCAUUGCCAAGGCCUCUGCCAUCCACAAUCCGAUCAUUUAUGCCAUCAGCCACCCCAAGUACAGAAUGGCCAUCGCUCAGAACUUCCCAUGCCUUAGGGCCGUGCUUGGUAUAAGGCACCCGCGCACUCAAUCUUUCAGCAGUUACCGCUUCACCCACCGCUCCACUACAGCCAGCCAAGCGUCUGAUAUCAGCUGGCAGUCUCGAGGGAGACGUCAGCUAUCCUUGGGUUCUGAGAGCGAAGCCGGCUGGAACAACAUUGAGGCAGGUAUCGAAGGCCUGACCUUGAGGAGCCUAGAGGGAUACUGCGGGAUGGACGAAGAGACCAUGGAAACACGAGAGCCGUCGGCCAGCGCCAAGGCCAAGGGUCAGAGCUGGGAGACUCUGGCGAAGACAUUGGAAGAGAUGGAUGACUUAUCCCUCCUGGAGGCAGGGACCCUGCUCUCCAGCCUGGAUCUUCAAAUAUAAAUUCAAUUCUUCCCUCUGCCCAGAGGCUGCUCAUUACUCGGUGCUUUUGGUCACGUGACGACUUCCUCUGGAAAACUACCAAUCUGUGGACAUACUGCACACUUACGCACUGAUACCAUGAAAAUGGAAAUCAAAACACUUUUGAUGUUGCCACAUGUCUGGUGCCCUGUUGUGAUUAUGAGCCCUCCACCAGCUGGGACAAGGAUCCCUCCUUUCCUCACUAGAAUGUGAUUCUCAAACCCUUCUUUCCCAAGCAAUAGUCCCUCUCUAUGACAGAAAACCUGGGACAUGAUUUGGCCCGUGGCUCCCAAGAGCAGUUUCUUUGUGUUACUACUCAUUGGUAGUUUGCUGUUGUUUUGUAUUCUUUUGAAAAUAAGCUGUUAAAAAAAAUUGGUGACUGCCUAGCAAUAAAAGCAUAGAGAUUUGGCCUGGGGUGUUUGAGUCACACAAGAUUAUUUGAAAUACUGUAAUCUUGUUUUCUCUCCAUUUCUCCCUCCAUGACUAAACAGGGCUCACAGACGACAGGGUUAACCUCAUUUUAAAAAAUGUGUAACAUGCAUGCACAAAUCUUAUGUGCUUAUAGUUGGCUUCCAUUAUAAUCUCUUUUAAUUUAUCUGAGGUCUCUCUGGUUUUAAUGGAAGUUUCGUGAAAAAAAGUCCCCAAAGGUAAAAUGGAAUCGUUCUCCAUUAUUCUGUUGCCAGUGGGAUGGUAUUGGAUGGAGGAGUGGGAUUUCAUUGUCAAAGAGAACUCCCAGGUGAGGAAAUUUCUUCUCCCAAAGUACCUGGCAGCUCCUGUGGGACCUAUAGUCUUAAAGUUUCCUAGAACAGAGGUGUCCCACACAGCUUGCAAAACUCCCAAGUGAAAUCAGAACCAAAUUAAAAUAUAAUUGGGCAAUCUGAAAAAAAAAACAAAACAAAUAAAAAUACAAAAGAAUGUAGAUAAUGUGAAUAUGAGAAUUUCAAAGUCAAUAUGAAGCUUGCAAAGAUGUUUCUGUAGGAUUUCAAGCCAGGGCUCCCCAGGCCAGCUCACUAGUCUCUAAGUCAUGCUGUCUCUCAUUGCCGGGAGGAAAUGUACAAAUAAUAGGAAGAGAGCCAAGGUCAGAGUCAUUGUAAUCCUCAAUUUUGAUUUGGGAAAAUAAACAGUAGAAUUCAUUCCUGCUUCUUUGUUCUUUCUGAGAGGUGGGGAUCUACAAGAGCAGAAUAUGACAUUCAGUGUCAG